UCCGGCGAAUCUGCUGGCGCAAACAAAUAGCAGGUUUUUACCUAAAUUCUGGUAACAUGUCGGAAGCUGGCGAGUCACCUACAGACAAUCCCAAAGAUGAGCCUUCAGCUGUGCAGUCUCCUCCCGAAGACAUCGGCUCAAAUGAAGAGAAGAAAAAAAUCGAUGUUCUUUUGAAGGCAGUAGGUGACACUCCUAUCAUGAAGACCAAGAAGUGGGCAGUAGAACGAGGGAGGACCGUGCAGUCGCUGUCCCUGUUUAUCUCUCGCUUCCUCAAACUAGAACCUAGUGAGCAACUGUUUAUUUACGUCAAUCAGUCUUUCGCUCCUUCACCUGAUCAGGAAGUCGGUGUCCUCUUUGAAUGCUUUGGCAGUGAUGGGAAGCUGGUUCUGCAUUACUGCAAGUCUCAGGCUUGGGGAUGAAGUUAACCGCUCCUGAUUUGGCGUUCUCUGGCCAACACGCACAGCACUUCUCAGAAACACCUUUGCUCACAAAUUGUUGCUUUUAUUGUUGAUGUUGUAAUAUUUUUUUGUACAUAACUCACUGUAAAUAAAUAGAAUUUACUGUUUGCUUCUGCUCUCCUGGUUUUUAUUAUUAAAAUUGGUAUUAUUUUUCUAACUGCUGAUAUGUCACAAAGUAAUUUCAGUGAUUGUACUGGAUGUGAUUAUUAAAUAAAAUAAUAGCCUGG